AUGGAAGCGGUGGCGGCGUCCCGGCUCGGCGCCUCGUCCCUUGGCCAACGGGGGGAGGGUGGAUUCCCCACGGUGCGCUGGCUCACAGUGUGCGGGACCCCAGAGUACAUCGCCCCGGAGGUGAUCCUGAGGCAGGGCUACGGUAAGCCUGUGGACUGGUGGGCCAUGGGCAUCAUCCUGUACGAGUUCUUGGUGGGCUGCGUGCCCUUCUUCGGAGACACACCGGAGGAGCUGUUCGGACAAGUCAUCACAGACGACAUCAUGUGGCCGGAGGGAGAGGAGGCGCUCCCCGCUGACGCCCAGCACCUCAUCUCCACCCUGCUGCAGACCAACCCGCUGGCCCGCCUGGGCACAGGUGGCGCCUUCGAGGUGAAGCAGCACUCGUUCUUCCUGGAGGUGGACUGGAACAGCCUGCUGAGGCAGAAGGCCGAGUUCAUCCCUAACCUGGAGUCGGAGGAGGACACCAGCUACUUCGACACCCGCUCCGAGCGCUACCACCACGUGCACUCCUACGACGAGGACGACACCAACGACGACGAGCCGGUGGAGAUGCACCGCUUCUCCUCCUGCUCCCCGCGCUUCAGCAAGGUGUACAGCAGCAUGGAGCACCUGUCCCAGCUGGAGCACAAGCCCUCGGUGGUGACCCGCCGCGAGCAGAAGGUCCCGCGAGAGGAGCGCAUGGCCAAGAGGGAGAGCCUGGGCAGCCUGACGCUCAGGGAGAAGACCUGGAGGACCGGCUCACCAGAGAUGAAGCGGCUGUCGUGCUCCGAGGUCUCGUUCCCCGACAGCGACUCCAGCCCGCCGUCCGCCCGUGCCCGCCGCCGCUUCUCGGCGCUGAUGGACACGCACCGCUUCGCCUCGCCACUGGAGGGCGACGGCGAGCUGACGCUGGGCAGCAGGACGCAGCAGAUGAAGACCAGGGGGGCCUCGCUGGAGGGGGCCCCCUCCUCCUGCAGCCAUGGGGACCUGAGGAGCAGCGCCAAGGAGGGAGGAGCGGCAGACAAGCUCCUGCGGCCGGCCGAUGGCUCCGCCCCCAGCGGCGCUGCGGCCCCGGGGGCCCCCGAGGCCCCGGCGGGGGGGUCAGGGGCCCGGGGCGGGGCCACCAGCGAUCUGGUCCUCAGGAGGGUCCGCCACCAGCAGCUGUCGGUCGACGGGGACAAGCUCAGCCCGCGGCCCGGGGCCAAGGUCAUCAAGUCGGCCUCCGCCACCGCGCUGUCCGUCAUCAUCCCCGCAGUGGAGCAGCACGGGACCUCCCCCCUGGCCUCCCCCAUGUCCCCGCGCUCCGUGUCGUCCAACCCCUCGUCGCGGGACUCCUCCCCCAGCCGGGACUACUCGCCCACGGUCAGCGCCCUGCGCUCCCCCAUCACCAUCCACCGCUCGGGGAAGAAGUACGGCUUCACGCUGCGCGCCAUCCGCGUCUACAUGGGCGACAGCGACGUGUACAGCGUGCACCACAUGGUCUGGCACAUAGAGGAAGGAGGGCCAGCCCAGGAGGCGGGGCUUAGUGCCGGUGACCUCAUCACUCACGUCAACGGGGAGUCGGUCCACGGUUUGGUCCACACAGAGGUGGUGGAGCUCAUACUCAAGAGUGGCAGUAAGGUGACGGUGACCACCACCCCGUUUGAGAACACCUCCAUCAAGGUGGGCCCCGCCCGCAAGUCCAGCUACAGGUCCAAGAUGGCGCGCCGCAACAAGCGCACCGGGCCCAAGGAGGGGCAGGAGAAGAAGCGCUCCUCCCUGUUCCGUAAGAUCACCAAGCAGUCCAACCUGCUCCACACCAGCCGCAGCCUGUCCUCUCUGACACGCUCUCUGUCCAGCGGGGACAGCCUGCCCGCCUCCCCCACCCACGCCCUGUCGGCCCGCUCCCCCACGCAGGGCUACCGGCCCGCCCCCGAGACCCCCUACCCCGGCCCCUCCUCCCAGAGCAGCACCCCGGCCUCCAGCACGCCCAACUCCCCGGCCGCCCAGCAGCACAUGCGUCCCAGCUCGCUGCACGGCCUCUCCCCCAAGCUGCACCGCCAGUACCGCUCGGCCCGCUGCAAGUCGGCCGGCAACAUCCCGCUGUCGCCGCUGGCCCACACGCCCUCCCCCACCACCUCCUCCCCCCCCCCGCUGGCCGGCCACACCCCCGGCUCCUCCAACACCACCCAGGCCUUCCCCGCCAAGCUCCACUCCUCGCCCCCCGUCUCGCGGCCCCGCCCCAAGAGCGCCGAGCCCCCCCGCUCGCCGCUGCUGCAGCGCGUCCAGUCGGCCGAGAAGCUGGGCGGGGGAGGGGGCGCCGGGGGGGGCUCCUCCUCCUCCUCCCACCACGCCUCCUCCUCCUCCUCCUCCUCCUCGCCCUCCCCGCUGACGGGGGGCGUGACCCUGAGGAAGCACAGCCUGGAGGUGUCCCACGGCGACUACCGCCGCGACUCGUUCCACUGCGAGCACAGCCUGCAGAGCCUGCUGGAGAUGGAGGGGGAGAACGGCCCCGCGCCCCCCUCCCCGCCCUCCUCCUGCUCCUCCUCCACCACCCCCUCGCCCCCCACCGUGGGGGAGGCGGGCGACGGGCUGCGGCCCGCCAGGAGGUAUGGCAGGCAGGAGUCGCCGCUGAGCCGCGAGGCCCCCGCGCCCCCCAGGGAGAAGGAGAAGGAGAGGGAGAAGAAGGGACGCACGGCCGACUCGGAGACUCAGACCAAGGCGUCAAGCCUCAGGGCCGAGCCCAGGACCACCACCGCCGUGGACGCGCUCAGGUCGGCCCCCUCCGCCGGCCCACCGAAGAGUGCAGCCGCUCCAGCCGCGGCCGCCGAGGCUAGACCUGGUCCCGGCCCGGCCCAGCCCGGCCCGGACCGACCUGUUCCUGGAGAGAAGCGGCCCAGCGCCGGCUCACCUGGUGCCAGCACACCUGGCACCGGGGGUACACCCGCUCUGGGGAGCAUAACCAGCAAGACCCCCAGUGAGACCAGACCCAUCCAGGCCAGACCCCCUCUGGGGACCGGCGACCCGCCGCCGAGGGAUGGGGUGAAGGGCGCGGUUGGACCGCCGGCGACCAGACCGCCGGACAAGGCGGAGGAGAAGGGGGGAGGCGUCGCCGGGAGAGACAAGGCAGGGGCCGCCCAGAAGUCCGGGGUCCUCGCCCCCCCAGACCCGUCCCGGGGGGGGUGGGACGGGGAGGUCAAAGGAGAGAUGAGCGGCGUGGACAAAACCGCCAAAAGGGGCUGCCAGGGGCCCCGGGAGGAGCGGGCCCGUCUGGAGGUGCUGGAGGAGAACCCCAUGUCCCCCUCCUCAGCCGCCGCCUCCCCGUGCUCCGCCCGGCCCCGCCCGGGCUCCCCCGGCGGGGGGGGCGGCUUCGUCACCACGCUCACCAGCGUGGCCAAGACCGUGCUGGGGCCCAUGAAGGGGCCCUCGCAGCCGGGGGCCCCAGGUUCGGCCCCGGCUGAGAGGGGGGCCGGGAGAGGCACCAAGCCCUCCUCGUGAUGAGGGACGCUCUGAUGACUCCCAGGCCUCCGGUCGACGCCUUUACGCUCUGAAGAGACAAACUGUAGCAGCAAACAGCAAACGCCACUCGGCAAAAAAACUAGCAGACUCCUCCCCCUGUUGAAUGAAGCAAACCUUUCACGCCAAGAAAACGAUUUAACAAACACUAGAGUUACGUAAUUAUAAAGUAAACAUACCUAAGGUGCAUCAACCACUGUUCUGAUAUAUGUGCAAACUGUGUUGUGUGUCUGUGUGUACCUUGGACCACGGUGUGUUGUGUAGAGUUAGAGAGCAGUGUGUGUCUUAAUGCAUGUUUAGUGCACUGUACAUGAUCAACAAAAAAAAAAAAGAAUAUUUAAUGAGAGAAUACUACAGACCUUACGAUAGUUAACACUGUGAACACCUCGAUGACAGACCACCACCAAAAACAAGAAACACCUAGGAGCAUCUUCACCGUAACCUUCACGCGAAGAGGCCGCACCCUGACCAUCACCGGGCAUUACCCCUGACGUACGGGGACAGUAGACACCUGCAGAGCUCUUUAACACAGAGGAAACGGUCCUCAUUCACGCAGCCGCCAUUUGGGUCAACCUCGGUUCCUAACCCCAGCUGGACGAGGAACUGAAAGUGGAAGUUCCCCGAUCGUUCCCCAACCAGCUGGUGUCACUCAGGCCCAUUUGACCCGAUAUCUCCAUCACUCAAAGGUCACUGCGGUUGUUUGAUCCAAAAGCUCAAAACGACUUCAUGCUCGUCUUCUGAAAUACUCGAUUUUUAGUUUCUUGCACAGAACCGCUUGCUGCGGUCGGCGUGGCAACGGGGCGAGGUGACGGGUUUGUUUUGUUCGUGUUUAAGGGCUGUGUCUGGCGGCCUGCAAUAAGCGGAGCGAGCAGUUCUCCAGUUUAAGACGUAACCGAACUGUUUGUGAAUCGUGCAAUGAGAGUCCAGCCGUCCACGUGAAUACCUUAGUGUGUGUGUGUGUGCGUGUGUGUAUGUGUUAGAUGUAAAGGGACUUCUGUCACAUGACCCGCGCUAAGAACCUAACGCACUGAAGGUACGUAGGCUAGCCCCCCCCCUCCCGUCUCUAUCGCUCCUGUGCGUUUAUGCAACCGUAGCAUUUUACGCCGUAGUCAGCGGAGAGACGUGAUUGGGUCGUAGUGGUGUUGUUGUUUACAGUGGUGUUUAUAAUGAUGAUAUGCAAUCCUCUAGUGCCCUAGUGAGUCGCAGUGCCCUGCAGUCAGUGGUACAGUGGUAGGCCAGCCGUGCACGCCGGGAUUUAGGUUUCCAGCAGCUUCCUAGUUUUGACGUCACAUAUCUUCUCCUGCGUAACGCGCUUGACUUGAAACGACGUGUAAAGAUUCCCCCUGGUGUUAGACUGCUGCCACCUGGUGGACUGUGAGGAGUAUGACACCACGAGAACGAGUAGGAUGUGAGUGUUUAGCUUUAUUUUUUAGUGUUAGUGCGCGUCGCAGACUCGAUACCCGAUACCCGCGGAACUGUUCCUUUGCUUUUUUACCUUUACUCUUGCAGUCCGGAGCAUGACCACGUGAUCUAACGAUGCUUUGAACAUAUCGAACCGGAGGAAACGCAUUUUAUAUUUUAAAUGCCCAGUAAUUUAUUCAUGCGAGAGAAUGAGAAAAUUGCACUUUAUGUCUGAAAGUCUGAAAACUAUUUAUUCUUUUUUACUUUUUCUAAUUGAUGACCUAAUUUAUUUCAACGUGUUGGUGUGUGUGUUGAAUUACUGCUUUGCCACAGAAAUCCAGUUGUUUUGUUGUCUGACCAGAUUCGUUUUGCCGAUAUUCAUGUGUUUUUAUUUGUGUUGUUCUAUGAGGGUUUGGAUGUGUAUCUGUCCAUGUACGUCUGUUAGUGUUAGCCUAUUCUUUUUGUAUUAUAAUAACCACAUAAUUGUCCUCACUGUUGAACUCGCUUCAUGACCUUGUAACAGAUUCCAGUACAGUUUGGUGGAAAACUGAUGCAGAAAAUAAUAAUAAAA